AUGCCUCCACGAAAAAAGGCGAAGGCGUCCAAACAGGCCAGCGCAAUCGCUGCAGGGACAGAAACUGUGGCCGCACCUUCUGACAUGAGUGAUGCCCCUGGCCUCAUCGCAAAGACCUUGGAAAUCGUCGAAGGCAUCUUUUCCCUGAGGCACUCCGAUUCAAAGAUGAUCCACACCAAGCCAGCAGGUGGUCUUGAGCCGAAAGAUGGAGUUUUCGCAUGGCCAAUCCUGCACGGUGGAACCUUCAAAGAGAUUGCGCAGCGUGCAUGGUUUGAACCGGACCGCUUGUUGGAGCUUUCAGCGAAGCUGGUGCGCAAGUGUGGGCUGACAGAUUCCGAUGACCAAACUGAGUUCUUGCAGGAGUUUUGCAAGGUUGAGGUGUGGCCACCGGAGAAGGGAUCCCAGUUCAACACUUCGAUAUUGAGCUGGUCAUUCGACGACGGCGCGUUCUGGCGUGGAAAGGCAGUGGCCAUGUCUGAGGUGGUCAACUACGCUCGCAGCAUAGCUUCGACCAGGUUCAGAGAGGCGCAUGGGGUGGGGGGUUCUGCCACUCUUUGCUUGCGAUUGCCCGGACCAUCUUUGAAGCCUGUGAACUUGGCCGUGGGGUCAUUGUAUUUCCAUGACGGCUCCCAGAAAGCACUCGCUGCUUUCAUUUGCUGGCUGGCUUUACUUCUUGCCAGCGACAGCCCAACGGUGGACGAAGGUGAUUUUUAUCACGCGCAGGUCAUCACAUUGGUGAGUUCUUUGUUGCAGAUUCGCACGGUCUUCAAAGCAAGUGUGGGGCAAGGUGACGAGAUUGAUUCGGCUAUUAGCCGUAUUGUGAAGCAGAAUGUCGACUCCAAGGUGCAGCCUGUGAGCAGCCUGACGUGGGCGUCGAUUCUUGCGACUUUAGGCGAAGGAACCAGCCUGGAAGCCGCCAUUGCGCGGUAUAAUCAGCACCCAGAGGUGCAGGCUUUCGAGGGAGGCGGUGUUGGAAGCAUAUCUCUUGAUGGCCGCAAGCGGCAGGCGGUUCGAAACUUCUAUGAGCGGACCUCGCCUGCAGCUAUGGAGAUUCUCCUCCGCACCACACACGAUAUAGCGUGGUCCUUGGGGCCAUUUGGAGAAUACUUCGGAUCGUACAAUUUUUGCUUCCUUCAAUCUACUUGCCCGAUGGAGUCAAGCCAGCCGAUGGAAGCAGACAUCAUGACUCCCUUGCCCAACGAACCAUGCGUUCCCGUGGAUUGGAGCUUGAUGAUGACAAGCGCUGCUCAGAAGAUGCUGUUUUUGCGAAUCCUGUCCCAUUGGGACAUGUCGACAGCAAGCUUUCCGGUCCAUCAGAAGAAACGAUAUAGGAUGGCAGUGGAGGAGCUGCAGAAGCUUCGCAACAUCAUUGUCUUAUACGAGCAAAUUCGACACCACUUGAGAUCGAGGUUGCCGCCUCAUGUGGCUGAUGAAUGGGACCGAGAUGUAACGUCGUCUUCUUGCCGAGAUUCUGACCUUGCUGCCUUGCUUCAAGUUCGGCCUGCAAGGUUUGCCAUUAGCGUGCUGCAGUCAGAGCAGCAGGCUGCCAAACAGGAGCUCAUCAACGCUGAGCACAAGAAGGUGGAGGAUAAGGCAGCACAGCAAGCAGAAGUAGACAAUGCACAAUUCGCUUUCUUCAAGGGGGCAUUGAGUCGCGACCAUGCCAAGAUCGAACAGGCUCAACUGGCCCCCCGGCUGGUUAAGCAGAAACUCCAUGCAAAGCAGGUGGCGCACAAUGCAAAGCAGGCGGCUGAGGGCGAGUCCGCUUGCAGAGGAUAUCAGGAUACCUAUCUCCGGGUCAUUGCGCUUGACAAGAUUGAGCACGCAGCAGCUGAGAUCUCGAAAAUGAAGCAGCACAUGGCCAAUGUGACAAAAGUGUCGCCGGAUUCCGUGCAUGUGGUGGGAUUUUGCGACUACAACGUUCCGGGUGCACGACAAUCCACGAAGGCAGAAUCCCUUGCGCAGGGAAUCAGCCUGUGCAAUGACAUGGGCGUCCAGCGGCAGAAUUGCAGCAUUAUCCUUCUUCCGGACAACGCGAAGGAUUCAUCCCUUCGGGGCCUGUGGGAUGAGGAAAAGCAAAUAAUGGAAACAUUGUUUGCUCAGAAGCAAUCCGUGGAUGUGCAAUUCGUGGACCUUUUCACCAGGGACGCACGGACCGAGAAUAGAAGCUCUAUGAGGCGGUGGGCUGCAGGUCGCGUGGUGAUCCAUUGUGACACCAAGAGCGACAACGUGUGGCUGGAUAGCGAGUUGGCCAUAUGCGGCCGCCCUGUUGGAAAGUGUGAGUCGGAGAAAGGAGCUCCAUGCUCCAUCCUCCCCCGUUCCAACAUGUUGCUCCUUCCCGAGGCAGCGUCUCCAGACAGCGACCUCAAGCUCGCAGAGCGGGUGCGACCGAGCCCAGAGCAGACGUCAGCGCAAAAGGGGACAGCCCGUUUGGAGCUGCUUCUGGACAGCCUUUUCAGGCACACGAAGGUGCAAGAGCCCUGUCUAAUUGUCAAUUUGACUGGCUAUGUAGAGGAACUUGCCACCAGUGUGCUCAACCUCCGCAUGAAAGGGCAAAUGAGUGGCGAUGGAGGAAACUUCAAUUGGACCAACCUCUUCUACUUGAGCGUGCACACGCUGGACAGCAAGAUGGGGUGCCAAUACGCACGAACACGCGUCUCACGCGAGUUGCUGGAUGCUUGGCUGUCCAGGCGAAUCAGCUUCAAUGGCAAAAAGUUCUCGGACGAACCUGUCACCUUGACAGAUGAGGACCUUUCCGAGUUGAAGCAGAUUCCCGGAGCUGAGUGCGUGAGAUCGGUUGAUUCGCUCGGCCUUGAAGUCCUCGUCAGAGAGGGCACCAAAUUGUCGAUUCAUCGUGAUCAGGCGCGCCUUUGGCAGUCGAAGGAGAAUUUCCAAGAAGAGUUCGAAGCUCUCCGCAAGACACAUGUGGAAACCCAUGAGAUGAUGCUCGCACCGAUUAUUCAGCAAAGCGCCUCCGGUGUCUCUUCGGAAGCCAUUGUUGCGCAUGAGGAUGAGACGGGUGAGGAUGAUCCCGAACCAAACGAGGAGGAGGAGACUGGCCGCCCUAGUGCCCCCGAGCCUGUCACGUUUGAAUCGCUUGACAAGCUCUUGGCGACCGAUCCUUUGGUGGCGAAGACGGCAUCCGAGAUCAGUGGUGUUGAGAUGAUCAAGACAACCUCGGGGAGAUUGUUCCUUUUGUCAGAGAAAACGAAAGCGAUUCCGCGCUAUGGCAUUCUUGGGGGCUUUGGAACCGGGAAGUACGUCCCGCAGGACGACGAGGGAGAAGGCUUGGCGGUUGAUUGGCCUGCCGGUGAUCGAACAUUGGUACAAGUGGAUCACAGCAGCAUUUCGGCGGAUGCAUCCCAUCAAGAAGUCAUGAGCCUAUACAAGUUCCUUACACAUCUGGAACGCGUCAAGCGCCUCACCGAAUACAAAAUUUCCUACACAGAUUGUGCCAGGUGUGGGGAAGGAGGUUCAUCUUCUGAUGGUUUCAACGUGUGCCUGAAGCAGCCGCACAAGUACAAGUUCUUGGGCAGUGCGGAGAAGGUUAGUUCAAAGUCGUUCUUCGGCCAGUCCAUGGCAGCUGUUGAGGCCAGUAACACCAUUGGAAAGGUGUUUCGCUUUCGGUUUGAGCGAGUCAAUUCGUGCAUCAAAAUCCAGAAGCCAUACUGUAUGGCUCUGAAGGGCAUGACUUUGAAAGCGAAGCAGCCCCUGCAGGUUGCCUGA